UCUAUUUUCUAAGCAGGCUAGUUGUAUUCCAUAAUAUUAAUUUUUAUUUACUCUUCACUAAAAAGCAUUCAAGCAACAGUUCAUAUUUGCAAAAUUCAUUGCAGUGUUAAAUUACAAGACAAACUUUCUACAAGCUGCACACACAUUUAGGAAGGCCCACAAAUGGCAACGUUCCUGAACAUCAACUCCGUCAAACUAAACAAAUGGCAAGUGGCCCUCAUCUUGGGCACGCCCCUGGCCAUCGGCCUGGGCAUAUAUGUGCUGAAUCGAAGCUCGCGCGACGGCGCCAAAAGCGGGAAGACGCCGGACAACUCCAGUGAUGCCGGCAAAACGCGACAAAAGGGCAAAAUCGAGAAGCAGAAUCUGUCCAUUGAUGGCACCGCCACAGAUGCGGAGCUGGAGCAAAAGAAGAAAUCGGCCGAGCUGGGCGAAAAGAUGUCGCCGCUGAAGGAGGCCAACAACUAUAAGACGGAGGGCAACAAUUGCUAUAGGAAUGGCAAAUACGAUGAGGCCAUUAGCUUCUACGACAAGGCCAUUGACAAGUGUCCCACCGAGCAUCGCACGGAUAUGGCAAUCUUUUAUCAGAAUCGCGCUGCGUCCUACGAAAUGCUGAAAAAGUGGAACAAGGUCAAGGAGGAUUGUACCCUGUCGCUGGAAUAUAAUCCGCGCUAUGCCAAGGCCUACUAUAGGCGGGCGCGUGCCCAUGAGGCCACCAGGGAUAUGACCGAGUGCCUGGACGAUGUCACAGCCACCUGUAUAUUGGAGAUGUUUCAGAACAACAACACCAUCAUGUUCGCCGAUCGCGUGCUGAAGGAGACGGGACGCAUAGACGCCGAAAAGGGUCUGCGGGAUCGUGUGCCCGUGGUGCCCUCGUCCAGCUUCAUUGACACCUACAUGCGUUCCUUUAUAGCCGAUCCCCUGCAGACGAUGGUCCUGCCCGAACCAACGGAAAAUGAUGCGCCGCCGCGCGGUUUUAUACGCGCUCGACGUGCGUUCGACGAACAGAAAUACGAUGAGAUCAUUGCGGCAUGCACCGAAGAAAUUGAAUCCUCAGAAGCGGAAUCACAGUACAAGGUGGAGGCGCUGCUAAUGCGCGGCACAUUCCAUUUGCUGUGCGGCUCCUUUGCCGACAGCAAGCUCGACUUUGACGCCAUACUGGCGAAUGCCGAUGCGGAUAUCACACUGCGGACCUAUGCGUAUAUUAGACGUGCUGCGUUAUUCAUUCAGAUGGAGGAGCGUGAAAAGGGGUUGGCUGACUUUGCGGAAGCCGAGAAACUGAAGCCCGACAAUCCAGAUGUAUAUCAUCAGCGUGCACAGAUCCUGCUGCUGCUGGAGCAGAUUGACGCGGCGUUGGUGGAGUUCGACAAGGCUGUGCGCCUAGCGCCCAAUCAUGCCAUUGCCAAUGUACAGAAAUGCUAUGCCGAGUACCGUUUGGCACUGAUGUCCGGCGAUCAGAACAGCCUGGAGCGCGUGAUCAAGGACUUCGAGCUGGCUAUCAAAAAGUUCCCGGACUGUGUCGAGUGCUACAGUCUGAUGGCUCAAGUGCUGGCCGAUCAGCAGCAGUUCCCGCAGGCGCAGAACUUCUACGAUAUGGCCAUGAAGCGGGCGCCCACAAAUCCUGCCCUGCUCGUCCACCAGGCGAUCAUGAUGCUGCAGUGGCGCGGCGACAUCGAUGCCGCUGUAUCACUGCUGAAUCGUGCCAUCGAGGUGGAUCCCAAGUGCGAGCUGGCGUACGAGACGCUCGGCACCGUUGAGGUGCAGCGCGCCCAGCUGCGGCGUGCUGUUGAACUGUUUGAGAAGGCGCUGCUCUAUGCCAAGAGCCAUGCAGAGCUGGUCCAUGUGUACUCGCUGCGUAAUGCGGCGCUAGCUCAAAUCAAUGUCACCCGCAAGCUGGGCAUCGACAUGAAUUCCGUGUCGGCGAUGGCCCAAUCCGGUUUCAUGCAACAAGGACCCAUGUAGACGAGUACAGGACAGCAAUGAUUGGCCCCCACCAGCACCCCCUCCACGCGAUAUGGCGGGACGAUGGCAGCCAAAUAAGCGAGCAUUUAAAUGCGUUUCAACUGACGUUGUGUGUGCUACCUAAGUAUAUUUACACUGACCUAUUCCCAAUGGACGCACACAGCCAGACAGACAGACAGACAAACACACAUAGACUAAUCAAUGAAAUGAAAUGAUCAUCCCUGUUAUAUAUUCACAAGACACAUAAAAAGAUAUGGAAAAUCUUAUUUUAGUUAUUGUGCUUUAGUUUUAGCAAUGAAAGUCCUCUAUAAUGAAACAUAUAACACAACUGUUAA